CCCGAGUGCAGUAGAGCGCACGCCGAGGCCGUCCGUUACCGCCAUGGCCACCACGGUGACCUGCACCCGCUUCACAGACGAGUACCAGCUCUACGAGGAUAUUGGCAAGGGGGCUUUCUCUGUGGUCCGACGCUGUGUCAAGCUCUGCACCGGGCACGAGUAUGCAGCCAAGAUCAUCAACACCAAGAAGCUGUCGGCCAGAGAUCACCAGAAACUGGAGCGAGAGGCUCGAAUCUGCCGUCUCCUGAAGCAUUCCAACAUAGUGCGUCUGCACGACAGCAUCUCCGAGGAGGGCUUCCACUACCUGGUCUUCGAUCUGGUCACUGGUGGGGAGCUCUUUGAGGACAUCGUGGCGAGAGAGUACUACAGCGAGGCGGAUGCCAGCCACUGCAUCCAGCAGAUCCUGGAGGCUGUUCUCCACUGCCACCAGAUGGGGGUCGUGCACAGGGACCUCAAGCCUGAGAACCUGCUCCUGGCCAGCAAGUGCAAGGGAGCUGCGGUGAAGCUGGCGGACUUCGGCCUGGCUAUCGAGGUGCAGGGGGACCAGCAGGCGUGGUUCGGGUUUGCUGGCACGCCGGGCUACCUGUCCCCGGAGGUCCUGCGCAAGGAGGCGUACGGCAAGCCAGUGGACAUCUGGGCGUGCGGGGUGAUCCUGUACAUCCUGCUGGUGGGCUACCCCCCCUUCUGGGACGAGGACCAGCACAAGCUGUACCAGCAGAUCAAGGCCGGCGCCUAUGACUUCCCGUCCCCCGAGUGGGACACGGUGACCCCUGAAGCCAAAAACCUCAUCAACCAGAUGCUGACCAUCAACCCCGCCAAACGCAUCACUGCACACGAGGCGCUGAAGCACCCAUGGGUCUGCCAACGGUCCACGGUGGCGUCCCUGAUGCACAGGCAGGAGACAGUGGAGUGCCUGAGGAAGUUCAACGCCCGCCGGAAGCUCAAGGGCGCCAUCCUCACCACCAUGCUGGCCACCCGGAACUUCUCAGUGGGCAGACAGACCACCGCUCCAGCCACAAUGUCCACCGCGGCCUCCGGCACCACCAUGGGGCUGGUGGAACAAGCCAAGAGCAUGCUCAACAAGAAAGCAGACGGCGUGAAGCCUCAGACGAAUAGCACCAAGAAUAGUGCUGCUGUCACCAGCCCCAAGGGAACGCUUCCUCCGGCUGCCCUGGAGCCUCAAACCACCGUCAUUCAUAACCCUGUGGACGGGAUCAAGGAGUCAUCCGACAGCACCCACACCACCAUAGAGGAUGAGGACACGAAAGCUCCCAGGGUCUCUGACAUCCUGAGCUCGGUGAGGAGGGGCUCUGGGGCCCAUGAGGCCGAGGGCCCCCUGUCCUGCCCAUCUCCAGCUCCCAUUAGCCCCCUGCCUGCCCCAUCCCCCAGGAUCUCUGACAUCCUGAGCUCCGGCAGGAGGGGCUCGGGGACCAUGGAAGCCGAGGGCCCUCUGCCCUCCCUGAGUAAGCCUCUCCUCUGCUGCGCCCCCACCUCGUGUUCACAUCUGUUCUGUUCCACCCCAGCCCCCAGGAUCUCUGACAUUCUGAACACAGUGAGGAGGGGUUCGGGGACCCCAGAAGCCCAGGGCCCCCCACCCUGCCUGUCUCCAGCUCUCCCAGGCCCCCCACCCACCCUGUCCCGGAAACAGGAGAUCAUCAAGAUCACAGAGCAGCUCAUUGAGGCCGUCAACAAUGGUGACUUCGAGGCCUACGCGAAAAUCUGCGACCCAGGCCUGACCUCUUUUGAGCCUGAAGCUUUGGGCAACCUGGUCGAAGGGAUGGACUUCCACAGGUUCUACUUCGAGAACUUGCUCGCCAAGAACAGCAAGCCCAUCCACACCACCAUCCUGAACCCGCACGUGCACGUCAUCGGGGAGGACGCGGCCUGCAUCGCCUACAUCCGCCUCACACAGUACAUCGACGGCCAGGGCCGGCCCCGCACCAGUCAGUCCGAGGAGACGCGCGUGUGGCACCGUCGCGACGGCAAGUGGCAAAACGUGCACUUCCACUGCUCGGGAGCGCCCGUGGCCCCGCUGCAGUGAAGAGCCCACGGAUGUGUUCGGCGCCCGGCCGCCCUGUCGCAUGUUUGUGUCUGCCUCUUCCUCCCCUGGUGCCUGUGUCUGCAGAAAACCAAGACCAGAUGUGAUUUCUUUUUUAAAACAAGAUGACAGCAACCACGACAAAAAAAGAAAAAAAAAGUAGAUGUCGGAUGAAAUGGGAAAAAAAAAAACUAAACAAAGGAAAAAGCUGUAAAAUGACUGGCAUUUGUGGGGCUUUGAACCUACUGGCCACUCUCCACCCAAGCUCCACUUGUCUGUCCGCUCUGGCCUCCGGACCGCUGGUGGUGAACUU